UCCGGAAAACAACCACUGUUUUGUACUCUGUAAAUUCCACGCGAUUUGCUACUGUCCUUUUGAACCGGACUGUCUAUUUUUUAUUAGAAAAUGGCAAUGUCAGCGCUCGUCCACGUUCUCAUACCCUUCCUGCUUUGCAUUGCGCUUGCAAACACUCACAUUUUCGACAAAGUUUUGGUGGAUGUCACGUAUGAUCACUAUGCGGAAAGGAAAGUCGACAGCCUUCCUGCUUUCUUGUCCAUGCCGUUUAACUGUCUGAUAAACUUGGGAUACAUAUUAUUAGGUAUCUACUGGAUCUUUCAACCGAUGUCAGACAAUAGAGACACCUGUGCAGCCGUCUACACCAAAGACGUGUUCGCGCUCAUGUCAGUGGCCUAUGGACCGGUGCAGUGGGUCCGCUUGGCCACCUUGCGGCGCGCGCCCUCUGUUUUGGACCAGUGGUUCACUUUACCUAUUUUUGCGUGGGUGCUGGUCUGGUGUCAUGUCGUUGACAAAGACUGGUCGUCCCGUUACGCCUUGAUGGUGGAAUCGUGCUCUGUCCUCAGCUAUGGACUGGCGCUCUUUCACGACCGGGGGUUUGAAGUAGCCCUGGGUGGUCACAUCGCCUUCGCCGUGUUCAAAGGCGCCCGAGCGCAGGUGAAGCUCGGAGACACUGCGUCCAUGCGCUACCUCUGCUUGGCCCUGCUGUCUUGCGCUGGUUUCGUGGCUCUCAAGCUUCUGGAUCAUUCUCUUGCACAGUACUGGGUGUUUCAAAAUCUUACUGGACAUUUCUGGUCCAAAGUUUGCGACAUUUUGCAGUUUCAUUACAGCUUUUGUUUUCUCACUCGCCUUAGUGAAAAUACACACAAGCGCUCUUCAUAAAUGUACAUACAUUUAUUCAGUUGAAUAAGGCAAUGAACAUAACAUGUACGAAGAUAAGAUUAUGUAACUGACAUGUUCUCAUUCUAACGUUUAAUGUGA